AUGGUGAUCACUGCCCCGUCAGCUGCUGACAGAACCCCUGAGAGGAUGGAGAAGACGUCGGCCGUCGACCUGCACAUGGAGACAUCAGGGGGAGGCCUGAAGGAGCUGGUGCUGAGGUGGUUCACGGAGACUCAGGCGCCGCUCCUCCUGAACGACGGAAACUUCCCCAACUGGUUCAAAGGCUUCGCUGCACGAAAGGACACGGAAGAUCUACUGAGAGAUAAAGCUCCGGGCUGUUUUCUCAUCCGCCUCAGUGACAAAGCCAUCGGCUACAUCCUGUCCUACAAGGGCCACGACAGGUGCCGCCAUUUCGUCAUCACCCAGAAUCCAGACGGAGAGUUCGUGAUAUCAGGAGACUGUCGGACACACGGAGGUCUCGUUGAGCUGAUCGAGCAUCACAGAGUCAGCCCCAUCCAGCCCUUUGGAGAAUACCUGACCUCCUGUUGGUUGGAGGUAGACACAGGCGAACUGUAUGAUGUGGUGAAUUACAACAGCAAAAUGAAGCCCAGCCUGAGUGUUCAAGCUCUGCGGACUCUGUGGGACCAGAAACAUGAUCCUCACAGCGACCCGGGCAAAAACCGGAGGAUUCAGCGGCAAAAUGACGCUCCGACACUUCAUCAGCCUGCACUGCCGCUCAAAUCCAAAGGCAGAAAGCUGACGGGGACGGUGUCUGUAGACACAAUGUCCCUCUCACAGGGUGUUCCUCCAGUACCAAAGAGAGGCCUUCCUCUGGGCUUCUCCCUGAGUGGAUCUUUGCCCGUCACAACAUCCCAAACCCAGACCGACCCAAGAGGACCAGAGGGAGUCCGAGGAAACACAAACCCAGCACUAAUGUCUGAGAGAGACUCAUUCAACGCCGCUCACACCAGCUAUCCCGAGAUCAGGACAAAAUCUCUACCGAUGUUGAACCACAGCAGCAUGGAGGAGGAGGAGGAGGAGGCGGCGGCGUACUCGAACCAGUUCAGUAGACCCUCCUUAACAUCUCACUCACCCACUCCUCUGAAGAGGACCACCUGUCUCACCUACUCCCUCUCCGAUCCCAGAGACAGCUCCAGGUCAGAGCAGCAGGGCGUGGUAGUGUUGCAGUCCAACCCGCUGUACCAGACCUCGACGGGGUCUAGUGGGGGUUCGGCUCAGCAGGGAGACGUCAUGUACUCCGAGGUUCCCCGGAGGCCAACGCCUGCCGGGCUGCCCGAUAACACCUAUGAGCAGAUCCCAGGUCAGGCCAAUGCCGUCCAGAGAAACACGUACGAGUCUCUGAAGGAUGUGAAGAACAAGAAGUCCAAGUCCACCUGGGGUAAAAAUGCAAGUCAGAACCAAUAA